AUGGGUUGCACGGAGGAGUGCGUGUAUGUAUUCAUUGACUCUCCAAUUGAGCCAAACCCGCGCUGGUUCAUCCUCUCUGUAAAUAAGAAUCGGAAUCGGCUGAUCCCGAUCCCGUCGUUCCCAACUCCGCGAUCAGCGACCUUGGUUUCCCUCGGGUGUGGGAUCUAUGUAAUUGGCGGAUUGAUAGACUGCAUGGAAACCGCGCUUGUCUCGUACUUGGAUUGUCGGACUCACACGUGGAGCUACCUCCCUUCCAUGAAUGCUGCUCGCGCUGGCGCCCGUGCUGGCGUCUUAGACGGCAAGAUAUACGUGUUUGGAGGCUGCGUGGAGGAUCCCUCAAUCUGGGCAGAGGUGUUCGACCCAAAGUUGCAAACUUGGACUAGAGAUGUUAUCCCGGAGGACCUGAUGAAAGCGACAGAGCUUAGAAAGGUGGUGCAGGGGCAGGAGACUGUUACUGUGUCCUGCAACUUUCCGAGGGUACAAGGUUUGUGGAAUGAUUUUAAUUAUUGUGCAACAGAUAGAUUGUUAUACUGUAUGCAUGCCGACGGGUCUAUAAUGUGGUGUGACCCUCUGAGCGGGGUAAGGCAAGGGGCCAUGGUUUGGAGGCAUGUGUAUGGUUUAAAUGCUCUGAAACCNAAUAAUCGGAAUCGGCUGAUCCCGAUCCCGUCGUUCCCAACUCCGCGAUCAGCGACCUUGGUUUCCCUGGGGUGUGGGAUCUAUGUAAUUGGCGGAUUUAAAAAAUGCUUGAAAACCGCGCUUGUCUCGUACCUGGAUUGUCGGACUCACACGUGGAGCUACCUCCCUUCCAUGAGUGUUGCUCGCGCUGAGGCCCGUGCUGGCGUCUUAGACGGCAAGAUAUACGUGUUUGGAGGCUGCGUGGAGGAUCCCUCAAUCUGGGCAGAGGUAUUCGACCCAAAGUUGCAAACUUGGAGUAGAGUUGUUAUCCCGGAGGACCUGAUGAAAGCGACAGAGGUUAGCAAGGUGGUGCAGGGGGAGGAGACUAUUACUGUGUCCUGCAACUUUCCGAGGGACAAGGUUUGUGGAAUGAUUUUAAUUUUUGUGCAACAGAUAGAUUGUUAUACUGUACUUAUGCCGACGGGUCUAUAA